AUAUAUGUGGGUGUAUGCGUGUAAAUGCGGUAUUUUGUUAUAAAUCUCUCAUUGAUCUGGUCUCAGGGCAGCAGGUAGCAUGUAAAAAUAUCUAGUCUGAUCAAGAUAAAUAACAUAAAAAGACAAACAUGCUAAGGCUCAUUCAUUGGCUCUUCCUCAUAUGUGUAGGACUCGGAGUGAGAGCAGGCCACUACCCACGUGCGCCAUCCGCGUGUCUUUAUCCAAGAAACCAUGGUGGAUGCUAUACGAGUUAUGCCCCUUAUUGGUAUUAUCAUUUCCAAUCAAGAAUGUGUAGGAAAACUUGGAACCGUUGUCCUAGAAAUCCAAACAACUUCCGCACUAAAAAAGCAUGUAGAAAAACAUGUAUUUCCAGUGUGCCCGAAUACCGUGCCUGUUGGCAGCCACUAGAUAAAGGAGUUGACUGCCAUCACUGUAGAAGGACCCACGGAUGUGGUGAAUAUAGAUUCUACUACGAUCGACGCAGACGUUAUUGCUCGAGAUUUUAUUAUUACGGUUGUGGAGGCAACUCAAACAAUUUCAGGUCAAGAAGGGCAUGCAUGUGCCGUUGCGUACAUUACAAGAAAUGGCUCAAAUGUAAAUUUUGGUCUAAAAAUCAACAACCUUAAGGAAGCUAUCAAACCCGAACAGAACUGACAACAAUAUUUUAUUAAUGGAUAAAAUAGCUUUCUAAUAUUAUUCGGUAGUCUAAAGUAUAUCACUCACAGCAUAUAACUGAAAUUUCUAACACAACAGAUAUAAUUUUCAAGUCUUUGAAGGUAUUAAUGUAGUCCAGCUUACACCUUCAUAUACUACAAAGUAGUUUCUUUAGGUAUCCUUUCACAUAUUUCAUUUGAAGAAAUAUAUAUACACGUUUAUACAAUCAGAUCUAUACAUGCAAAAAUAUAAACAAUGCUGUUGUUAUUGAAUGCAUAACACAGAAACGACUGGUGGAACAUUCCCAUCAAAACAUCCACCAAUUGCGAACAUAAUAGGUUUUAGACAGCUUAAGGGACUGAAAAUAAAGAUCAUCUACAGUCAUAGAAAUCAUCUGGUUAUCCCCUAGAUAUGUGAAUUUCUUUUAAUAUCACUGAGCAAGAUAAGCUGGCGAGCUGGCACAAUCGUUUGCACAACGGGUAAACUGCGCAGUGUAUUUCGUCUGUCUUUACGUUUUGAGUUCAAAUUCUGCCGAGGUCGACUUUGCCUUUCAUCCUUUCGGGGCCGAUGAAAUAAGUACCAAUUGAACACUGGGAUCGAUGUAAUCGACUUCCUCCAUCCCACGAAAUUGCUGGUUCUGUGCCAAACUUUGGAGCCAAUAUCAGCGAGAAAGAUAUUUACGAACAACAGAAACGAAACCAGCAGAUUCCCUAUGUUUAUAAAUUGACAUUAUUUCAGUAAUGAAUGGUUCCCUUAUCCACAUCUGUAAAUGUUUAAGAGGCAAUCAAGAAAUCCAGGAUUUUCAGGUAAAGAAAUUGACCAGCUAACACGUACUAUAUAAACACAACCUCUAAUUGGAAGAGCUACGAAAAAAAAAAAAAAAAAAUAAAUAAAUAAGAACUUUCAGAAUGUAGCAUUUAUCCUUUUUUAUAUUAAUAUUUCAAAAAAGAAGCUUUGUUUCCUAGUUAGAAUCCAUAUUCUUCCUUGAAAGAAUUACAAAAACAAUCAUACACACACACACACACAAACACGCACACACUGUGUGGUUAAGAGACUUGCUCACCAAACGUAGCUAUUGGUCAGUGUCACCGUGCUUGUGGUCUGUUGUGCUCCAUCAUGGUCACAGACUUUGGGAUGAAGCAUGUA